CAAGUUUAAACAAGAAUCAUGGCCUCAAAAAGUUGCAAAACUUUUAGAACUCUUUAAUUCCAAAACAUCAAUAGGAAGGUAUGCUCCGAGAUUUGUUUCCCUUUAAACAUUCUUCAUUUAAAUUCUCCUAUGUUUCAACAGUCCACCCUUCACAUUCACAAUGUCUUCUUCCUACUUGAGGAGCACCAUUCAACAAAAUCUCACCCCUUUAUCUCUUAGAACUCUAUGCAAGUCUCUAGCUAUUUUAGUCCUAGUCUUGCUUUUGUUCUGCACUUACUCGUUUAACCCUCCUAAUUACCCACCUUCAGACCUCUUAUCAACCAUAAAUAAAAAAUGGCCAACCUCAAGCCCCAUUAUUAGUACUACUAAUUCUAUUAAAACCAAUAUUAGUCACAUUCUUUUUGGCAUAUGUGGUUCAAUGAAAGCAUGGAAGCACAGAAAAUCAUACAUUGAAGCAUGGUGGAGACCAAAUGUGACUAGGGGAUAUCUUUUCCUAGAUAGACCUCCUACUGAAGAGUUCCAACCUUGGCCUUCAACUUCGCCUCCUUUUCGCGUUAGCGAAGAUCUCACAAAAUUGAAAGUGUUUCCAAAAAUAUUGUGGCCGAUUCAAGUCAGACUUUUACGUACAAUCAUGGAAGCACUUAGACAAGGAGACAAAGAUUUGAGAUGGUAUGUAAAGGGUGAUGAUGAUACUGUAGUUAUGGUAGAUAAUUUAGUUGAGGUACUAGCAAAAUAUGACCAUACUAAACCCUACUAUAUUGGGUCCAAUUCAGAGGGUGUCAAGUCAAACUUUGAUUUCUCAUUUGAUAUGGCAUUUGGUGGAGGAGGGUAUGCUUUAAGUUACCCUCUAGCAGAAGCAUUGGCAACAAAGUUAGACGACUGUAUAGAGAGAUAUUCAUACAUUAAUAGCGAGGAUUUUUGGUUACACUCAUGUUUAGCUGAUUUAGGAGUUGCUCUAACUCACGACAAAGGGUUUCACCAGAUUGAUCUACACAAUGAUAUCUCAGGUCUUCUAUCGGCUCACCCUCAGACUCCUUUCCUCUCUCUACACCACAUUGACACCAUAGAUCCAAUCUUCCCCUCCAUGGACCGUUCUGAAUCCAUAAACCGCCUCAUGAUGGCCGCGAAAAUAGACCAAUCCCGCCUCCUUCAACAAACCAUAUGCUAUCACAGGCAAAGCAACUGGUCUGUCUCUAUCUCAUGGGGCUACUCAGCUUAUAUUUAUGAAAAUAUAAUCCCUCGGAGCAUUUUAUGGAGACCCCUUGAGACAUUUAGCCCAUGGAAGAGAAAUUCAAGGCCACCACUCUACAUGUUCAACACUAGGUGGCCUUCCAACAAUCCUUGUGAAGCUCCUCACUUGCUUUUCUUUGAUUCUAUAGAGCAUAUAGAAGGAGACCAAAUUGUUACAACGUAUGUUAGAGCAUGGCCUCGUGGUUUACCAACUUGUUCAUUUGCUGGUAAUCAUUCUGCUGAUCCCAUAACUAAAAUUAAAGUGUUUUCACCAGCAUCAACACGCAUGGAGGCAGGAGGAAGAGACUGUUGUGACAUUGUAUAUAGGGUUGGAGCAAAUGUAACGGAAGUCACAUAUAGGGCUUGCAUGAAGUAUGAAGUAAUAGCAUGAUUGUAACAUCAAAUGGGCUUCUUGUAUUAUUUCAUUAAAAAAAAAGUAGAAAUAGAUUUUUUGUAUUCAAUUAGAAAUAAGAAUAGACCUUUUAUAUUCAAUUAAUUGUUAAAGUCUCGUGACUUGUAACUCAACUAUUUGGUACAUUCCUAAAAGAGCUAGUAGUCAAGCAUAUCAACCAUUGGGGGAGAGAAAAGAGAGUAUAUUGUUGGGGGAAGAAAACUCAUUGAGUAGUUAAUAAAAGACACAACUUAACCCA